GAUCUUUUCUUAGCAACACUCAGGAAUUCACACAGCACAGAACGAAUAACGGAAAUGAUCAAGCAAGCAGACUAGCAUGUCCUCUUCUCAGGAAAGUCUUUCUAAACGGCAUGCGAGGUGCCAGGACGCCGAGCUGCUCUACUUUCCUCAAUGGACUUCUUUUCCAUAUGACGAACUAGUAGAGAGAAGCCCUUAUAUUCGCGAAAAUGGUAGAAGAAGCUCUGUCCCGGAGUUCCCGGGUAUGGGAGCUAGUCUACUACCCCCUAACGAGAAUGCUAGAAUUCCUAGCAAGUAUAAAUGUAUCGGAGAUAAGAAUCCAUGGCAUCCACCGGCCAACGUAGCUCAAGUAUCCUCUAAACAAGAUGAGCAGCCAAGUCAGCUUGUGGAUGCACUUAAAGUUGGACUCGCCGAUAUUCUUUCAACGCCUCGGAAGGAUGACAUUGCAUCAUACCAGAGAGAACCUGGGUUCGGGUUUUACGACGAUGUUGCUCCAAGAGGGUAUAACCCUUUCAAACGAGGCUUGCAGGAUUUCGUUGGAGGCCGCAAUAAUAGUUCUUUUUCGCAUCCUGAUUUUCUGGACCAGUACCGAAGAAGUGAAGUUUAUGAUCGACAGCAAAGCUCUUCAGGUGACGAGGUUUUGGAGGAUGGAGUUUCUGAUCUUUCCACUACGGAAUCGCGAGAAAGCCACACAGACUUGGAGAACAGGGUUCCGGAUCUGAGUCAAGGCGAGCAAGAUAUGGAGUUCUUGACCGAUUCAAGCUGCAGCGAGCGAAGGGAGGGGCAAUGCGCCGAGGAACUUCCGGGUGAUGCUGAUACCCCCAAAGAACACGUUAUCGCAAAGUUACGUCAGGAUGAAAUCGAUGAAAAAGACUCACUACCGGAAAACACCAACAGCGUUGUAAUAGCCGAACACCCCAUCGAAGUCCCUGACGAUCCACCUCGCAUCCAAAAGGAACCAAUCAUCGUAGAAACCCCAAGCCUUGAUGUAGUCAUUACUGGGCAAAAACAGGACAUAGAAAUGCAGGAACCUGGAAUGGAUCAUGUGGAGGCAUCGGAGUGUAUGGAAGACGACAACCAAAAGCAGCUUGAUACGACUGAGGAGCUAAUUUGGGGAGAGGUGGAUAAUUGCACGUUAGAAAAACUAGAAUGCGCCGAGGCGGAGCAGGACAAGGAUAUUGCUGAGAUGAAAACGCCAGAGAGUUCCCCGAAAAAGAAAGAGCGCUUCAAGGAAAUGCCGCUUGAAAGUCGCACUGGAGACUCACGCAAGCUCGGUAGUACCCUGGAAAGGGUUGCACAUCCUCAACCCUGGUCCCCGGCCCCUCCUCCGCCACCGACACCUCCAUUCAAUCCGUGGCUCGACUCACCGAAGCAUUCGUACGCAGAAGUGUUGAAGCGUGGGCUAUCGGGGAAAAGUCAGGCUCAAAGGCAUCUAAAACCGAUGACGCUAUUCCCUUCAAAGAGCCCUAAGGAUUCCAAGAAGUCGUCUAGGAAAAGCAGGAAUGAACGAAGGUCAAGAUCUGAGUCAAGUCCAAAAAAGGAAAGGGAUCAAAGAGAAGGCAACGGUAGCCCGCGUAAAAACGAGUACCCAUCAUGCAGCGGGGGAGCAACAUCUCAUACCCAGUCCACCGUCCCGGUGAGUUACUCUCAGCCUAUGAAACAAGACGUUUCUUACAUGCAAGGUAAAAGGGAUCACCAGAUCUUCAGGGGAAGACAGAACGAGGACUGCAAAGAGAAGAGGGACAAGAAUUCUCGGAGAAACAGGGAAGAGAAGAUCAGUGAUGAUAGCUCCGACACAUCUCAGACAGACGCCAAGAUCUUUAAAGUCUCUGAGGAAAUCAUGAGAGAGAAGAUCAAGACAGAACAAAUAGCGAUGGUCCUUCAAGAAGCAAAGUUGACUCUGGCUAAGCUCACCACGGAAUGUCUUGGAUCGUACGAGAAAGUCUUUAGCUUGAAGACACGUCCAGCCACGUGUUGCAAGACCCUGCAAGCCCUGCAGACACAGGAAGUGAACAAGGCACUCUACAUGAAAGAGCUGGCUGAUCGUCUUCAUCAACUGACGGAAUUCGGCAUCGGGAACGCCGAGGAGUUCCGAGAAAUCAAGGACAUUCUCAACUCGCUUCAUUACUUGCAAAUGAAGGAUAAGUACUUCAUUGAGCUUACUGGGAGGAAACUUCGAUCUGCUGAGAACACACACAAGCUGGACGCUGAUAAAAGCAUGGAGCUGUUCUUCUUCGUUUCUCUUGUCCUUGUGACGCUGGCUUGUUGCCAUCAGUCGCAGUGGUUGGCAGCAGCCUUUUUCUCUCUACUGAUUGGAUUGCUGUUGUACUACGAGGGAGACAUGUUCUCCAGGCGUCGCACACAUAGUAAAGAGAACGACACCAUAAGUGAAGAUGAAGAUUAACUGGACAAUUAUUGCGCCAUUCAUUAUGAACUACUUUUUAAACCUCGACAACAGCCGCAACUUGUAAAACUCACAUUUGUUCAACAAUAAAACGUCAUAACUCCA